CUACGUUUUCGUCCUAGCAUCUCAGCGACUUCAAUGACCCUUUUGCGCAACAACACAACUAACUCUUGUUCUUUCUAGCGAAAAAGAAAUAAUUAAUAGAGGCUGUUACCGUUUAUGUGUUUAGUUGUGUUUAGGUGUUGUUCUGUGAGUGUUGUGUUUACCGCCACCGAUGAAGUAUUGCGAAACUCGAAUGCUGGCUUCCUUCGCCCAGCAAGCAGCUUCGUUAGAAAAAGUGAUAAAAGAACAGCAGCAGCAACUGGAAAUAGAACGAGGCUGGGACCAGGAAAGGGAACGAGACAUCAAGGGUAAUGGCAGCUCCAGCCCGAAUUCAGAACACAGGGUACAGGAACAUUCUCCGGCACCUACGGCCGACUCGCAGAAAAAUCUCAGUGCCACAAUACCACCUAUGCCACAGAAUGAUACGACGAAGUUAACAAAUGACUACCCUUACAAUCAGUCCCAAACACCGGGGCCCCAAAUAAUGUCAACGCCAACAUCUAAUCUCCAUCAUAUGCAGCAAUUGUUGCAACAGCACGUACUGAGUCCGUCACAACUACAAACGCUGAUGAAGCAACAUUCGAUAUUGCAACAACAACAACACCAGCAACAUCAGUUAGCCGAAUUGGGAAAGAAACAAAUCGAGCAGACGAUGCAACAACUUCAAGAACAACUUCAAUUGAAUCUCAUCCAACAAACACAUAUCCUACAAAGUACGGACAAGAAGAAAGCUUCUGGAUCUCUCCAACAGCUUGCCUUGCAGCAACAACAGUUGAUCCAGCAACUGCAGCUUGUCCAGAGGCAGUACGUCGUGCAUCAGGGUAUGGGUAUGCAACCACUGAUGAUGCCACAGAGCCAAGGUCUCAACUCCCGAGAAGUGAUGAGUCCAUGGAAGGAUAUGAACGAUCAGCAUGUGGUUAAUAAUAAACCACCGCCGGAACUGAAUGAUAAUUCUCCGGGUUUACUAGGCCUGCCGCCUAGUAGGUCUAAUAGAGAAGAGCCUAUAGAUGAAAAGCCAGAAAGAACUACCACUCCCGACAGAGUGCAUCAUCUGUAUGGACAUGGAGUUUGUAGGUGGCCUGGUUGCGAAAUCAUCUGCGAAGAUCUUCAAGCAUUUGUCAAGCAUUUAAACACAGAACACACCCUUGAUGAUAGAUCCACUGCCCAAGCUCGUGUUCAAAUGCAAGUCGUUUCUCAACUAGAGCUCCAACUUCAGAAAGAGAGGGAUAGACUUCAAGCUAUGAUGCACCACCUCCAUCUUUCUAAACAGAUGGGAUCACCAGAUACUCACAAGGACUCUUCCACGGUAAAGAUGUCGGUGAGUACAUCUUUGCCGCAACCUCCUGUCUCCAUGGGACCCAUGGUUUCUUCUGUGAGAUCUCCAGUUCUGCAUUCUCCAUCGCCCAACGUUCCCGGACCCAUUAGGAGGCGACUGAGUGAUAAGUCUGCGUUAUCUUUAGCUGGUGGGUUUGCCGAAUUCACUGAAAACGCUGUACGCCACAACCUAUCUCUCCACAAAUGUUUCAUGCGCGUGGAGAAUGUUAAAGGGGCCGUUUGGACCGUGGACGAAGUGGAAUUCUACAAGAGGCGGCCGCAGCGGUGCUCAUCGGGCCCCUUGUCGCAACCAGUCGUCGGGGGUGCCAGUUCGAAAAGUCCAACUAUGAACCACAGUCCAACUCUUUACGGUGACCAUAUUUCUUCGAAUAUGCAGUUCAUGCAGGCAUCUCUCAUGGAUGAGAACAAUCUGUCGUUUCUGACCAAUUCUUCCAUGAUGGUGAAUCGACCUAGGGAUAGAUCAGAGUCACCCUCGCAUGAGCAUCUGAUGAGGUCCCCCAUGAACGGAGGCCUCCAUGUGAAGCAAGAACUGAUGAGUCAGGACCAUCAUAUCGGACGGGAGUCCGAAAUGCACCACGUGAUAAAAAGGGAAAUGCUUUCAGAAUAUGACGAUAUGGACCAUGAUCAGCACACCGAAAAUGUGGCAGAGGAUCUCACAAUUACUUCGGAUCAUACGGAAUCGAACAUACUUGACGCACAGUGAUAAAAAUGUGUUCAGUGCAAUAGUCCAGUUUCAAACAGUUGAAUAAAAAACAACAAUUGAAAACUGGACUCAUUAGGGAAGAUUUCGAUUGGUUGAAGAAUGGAUGAACUUGUAAAUUUGUGUGUACAUAAUGAAAAAUGUUAUGAUGAGAGAGAGAGUAUGAUGUUAUGGUAUUGUUAAUUGUUCAGAUACAAGGAAUGUCGAAUGUUGUGUAAUCAGAAUAGAUCUUGGUUUCUUUAUUGAUACAGGGUUAUUUGUUAUGUGGUGGACUCUUUUGGCCAGGCCGAAUAUUAUUUUAAACAUGAAAUGUUCUUAGUUAGGAAAAAUGGGAAUGCCGGAGAAAGUUAUGAGGACAGUGUGUUUUAACUAUUUGAAUAUUGAACUAUCAAAAAACAAUCUAUUUUGUUUCUGCUAAAGAAAUUUGGUGCCAAAGAUUGUUGUUCUCAAUAACCUAGUGAACAUACGAACAUUCGAUGAAUAUCCUGAUCUAAUGAAUUUUUAUCAUACAUUCAACAAUUCAGACUACACCAACCUCUGCUUAUAUAUAACAGCUAUUGACACAUAUCCUCUGAGUAUAUCUAUCUCAUAGAUAUCUGUCUGUGUCAUACUUCAUUGUGAGAUGUUUAGUUAACUCUUUGCUCUACAAAUAUCAGUGACGGUAAUGGGGAUACACACCAAAAAUGAAACACAUCCAAUUGAGCACUGUAAUGGUAGAAUGGAUAUAAAUACAUACUGUUCACACUGUAGCCAAGACCUUGGCUACAAAGUCUGGCUACAAAAUGAAGCCACGCCCACCACCAAUGGAAUGAAAUUCUGGACCGAAACCAAAAUGCUGUGUGCUGUGAUGACUUGAGAACUGCGUGAAUUGCCUCAUCGCCUUUGAUAAUUUUUAACGUAUUUGUAGACGAAACGUCAGGCAUAAAAAUUUGUAGAUUUCUGCAAACAAACUACAAAAAUAGCUUUGACAUGGACUUCGACUUUAUUGUGAAUAUAAUCUCAACUCAAUACAACAAUGUUAUCGUAGAAUAUCAUCUUGAGCUUGAGAAUCAGCAUAAUAUUGAACUUUGAAUGAAAAAUAUAUGAAAUCUGAAAAUAAGUCCUAGAUAACCAUAGGCUCUUAGGUGAUCAUAUAAAGCUGGGACUUCACUAUGUAGUUCGUAGUAUUUAUGCUACGAAGUUAAUUCAUUGGAACUUAUUCAUGUUACAAAUGAUGAAAGUGAUAAAUUAUUUGGGAAACUAAAUUCAAUUCAGUAUUAGCAUUCGUGUGAUACAUUAUCAAGUGCAGAUCUGAGAACAUCGAAACCGAAACUAGAGAGUUAACGCACUUUUCUAG